AUGAGGGACCUUAACGAGGAUUCUAGCAGUAGUAGCUGGCCCCUAUUUUAUGGGGACGAGAACUUAACAAGUGGUCAAUAUUACAAUGGUUUCAUGCCUAGGACUAUAACAGAUAGAUGUCUAGGGCAUGAUAAGGAUGCAUUAAAGCAGAAAAUGCUUGAGCAUGAGACAAUCUUCAAGAAUCAGGUUCACGAGCUCCACCGGCUUUACAGAAUUCAGAGGGAUAUGAUGGAAGAAUUCAAAAGAAAGGAACUACACAAACAUCGGGCAUCCAUUGGACCAUCAUCUUCAUCAAGUCUUCACAAAUCUCAGAUGCCAUCGAAAGAUGCUCAAAAUUGGCAUAUGUCCGGCAUUCCUUUGUUGAAUUCUGGUUGUGGUAGAACAUCAGUGUCGGGAUUUGAAAUUGUUAAUUCUCCUCUAAGCUGUACUAAAGGGAAUGACACACGGGCUGGUCCUUUUCAGUUCCAAGACAGGUGUACUACUAAGGACUCUGAUGCAUUGGAUUCAAGACCCUCCAAGGUGAGGAAGAAGUUGUUUGAUCUUGAACUUCCGGCCGAUGAGUACAUUCAUACAGAAGAAGGGGAACAGUUACCAGACCACAAAGUAUCCGGUGUGUUGAGUUAUACUGUUGGAGAUCAAAAAAUAGAACCUUGGAGCAGUAUGAAAAUUUCAUUUGGUGAUGGCGGGACAACUGAUUUCUAUAGAGAUGUUUCAGCUUCAGGUUCCCGUUUAAGGGGAUCUGGUGGAUUGGCUGAUCUUAACGAACCCAUUCAAAUUGAAGAAGUAACAGCUCCAUCAUCUGUUGGUUUUGUUGGUCAUACUUCCAGCCAUGGAGAGACUAAAGGUAUAAAUCAGUUUGCUAAAGGAAAUGCACAAGUUUUAGGUGUCCCAGGAGAAACCAUCUAUUCCCACAAUGGAUCAUUGAUAAAUUCAUCUAUCGAGAGUAAUGGCAACGAAAGGGGGAGGCUCUCCCAUAUGUAUGAAACAGGGGCCAGUAAAUGUAACCCAAGUUCUGUAACUCAAGGUUUCCAAGAAAAUAAAUUGCCAAUAUCUUGCCAGUCAGCUCAGGUCAUGCCCAACCAGGUUUACCAUCGUCCGGGAAUAUAUCCACCUGGUUAUAGUAGGGAAGGUCUGUGGAGAGAUGGACCCAACUGUGGUUUACAAUCGUCUCAUAAAAAUCAUGAUCACUCCAAUAAUAGCCAUUUAGAACCACUUGUGGGUUCUCAUUCCCGUGGGGCUUACCCGUCCGUUAAUCUCACCAGUGUUGCCAAUUCAUGGUUUCACUCCAUCUCGUCUUGGACAAAGCCAACAACUAGCUUUGGUCAAAAGUUGACCACAUUUCAACCAUCUUUUAGUUCAGCUGCAGGUUUGCAUCCGCAUGCACGGAGCCAGGAAACUUUUGGAGACAAGUGGCAAGUUAAUGUCAGUUCUAGGUUGAAUGCGAGUUCUGGAAAUGAGUUAACAACUCGAAAUGGGGUUCAUCAUGGGUCUGCCUCAGGAUCCAAAGAACUGCAAGUUCACUUACCUUCAGCGGGAUUUGAUUACCUAAACAGCAGUAGGUAUAAUAAUAUAGCAUCUGACCAUUCGACUAAUCCUGGAUUCAAGAAGUUUCUGAGUGGCUCCAGUCGUGUAGAUUUAAAACCUGCAAUAGAUAUUAACUUGAACGAGGUACUUCCGAAGACCUCAUCAAGCGAGGCAGUUCCUCUACGAGAUCUCAUGGAUGGAAAAAUAAAGCCUGAUAACCAACGGACGCCUUUGCCUUGGCUUAAACCCAAGCUGGGAUAUAAAAAUGAGGUUGCAGAUACUAGGAGAUCAAAACUCACGGGGGACUUGGGCUGCCUCCAAGCUUCUUCCAAUUACAAGACUGAAGUAGUGAGUGAUCUUAAUCAAAUGUUCAUUCCAAAGGUCAUGUUGACUCCUGAUGAUCUCGAGAUUGGGGCUAACAAGGAAAUAAGUGAGACUCAGAAUAUCAAGAAAAUUCUUGGGGUUACCUUUUUUGAACAUAAUGCUCGGAUAAUUGAGCCAUCAGACCAUGUUUCCAACUCUACAACUCUUGAUUCCCCUCCUGAAGGGAAAAAGGUCAAAGUUGAAAGGAAAAACAGAAUGAUUGAUAUUAAUCUUGCUUGCGAGUCUGAUGAGCCAAUUACUGCAGAAGAACUUAUUGUAGAGAAGGAAAAGUGUAGAGAAGCUACAGGUAUCAGACAUCACAUUGAUCUGAACUGUUCUAUUAAUGAGGAUGAAGAUCCACCAGCACCCUCUAUUGCAAGCAACAAUCACUGUGUGAAGAUAAUAAUGGACAUAGAUCUGGAAGCCCCUAUUCUUUUGGACUGUGAGGAUGAUAAUACACCAUCCGAAGAACAUAUGCAACACGAGGCCUCUUUACAGUCACUAGAACAUAAACCUGAAAAAAUAUGGGAUGAGGUUCUUAGAAAUGCUGCAGAAACAAUAUUUUCUAUCUCAACAAAUUCUCAGCAAAUCCACAUGGACAAUGGUAUUUUCCAUCUGUCUGAGACUUCCUUUUCAGAAUCGCUCAUCUGGUUUGUCAAUGUCGUGUCAUCACAUGCAGACGAACUUGACAGUAAAUCUGGCAAAGAAUCAAGAGUUGGGGAUCCUGCACCUUUUGAUGAUCUUUGUGAGGAGAUUGACGAGUUUGAGGCUAUGACAUUGCAACUAGCAGAGACAAAAGAAGAAGACUACAUGCCUAAACCCUUUGUCCCUGAAGUAGAAAAAGUGGAAGAAAUGGGUGCUGGUUCAAACAGAACUCGAAGAGGUCAGACAAGGAGAGGAAGGCAGCGGAGGGACUUUCAAAGGGACAUCCUUCCUGGUUUGACCUCACUCUCGAGGCAUGAAGUGACUGAGGACCUCCAGACAUUUGGAGGGUUGAUGAGAGCCACAGGCCAUUCUUGGAAUUCAGGCUUGACAAGAAGGAAUGGCACAAGAUAUGGUGGUGCUCGGGGAAGGCGCCGUACAGUGAUUGAAUCUUCCCCUACGGCUAUUUCAACCCCAGUUAGCAUUCCAUUGAUACAGCAACUUAGUAAUAUUGAAGCUCGUUUGGAGGACGGAAGCCUUACAGGCUGGGGGAAAACAACUAGGCGGCCCCGGAGACAAAGAUGCCCUGCUGGUAAUCUUCCGACUGCUGCAUUAACUUAA